CUGACCUUUGAGAUUUGUCUCAGAGCCACAACUUUUCCUUGACUGCAGCAACAUCAGUCUUCUCUUCAACUAGGAGUAUCAUUCACCAACACCAUCUCUUCUCCAUCCGUCUCUUCCAUCACUUUCUCUUGAAGCCAUUCAUUCAUUUCCAACUCCAAAGCCAUCAAUGGCAACUUUUUCCUACCAACACCAACAACCUUUACAUCUUGAAUCAUCAUCAGGACUGUUUUUGGAAAGCAGCUCCCAAAUGAGGAUGUCUGCAGGCCUUCUUGAGGAGCCAAACAUGACAAGAAUGACCACCACCACUACUUCUUUCCCUCAAUUCUACAGGCCUGAUCAUUUUCUGCAUCAGGAAAUCCCUUCCAAAUCCUAUGUUAAUGAAAGUACUUGUUCCAUCUUUGACCAGAGCUGCACAAAAGUUACUCAUUUUAGCAAUAAUGGGCCGUCCUUAACAAACAAAACUUCCACCGAUUCUUCAUCAGUAACUGAUAAACUUGAAAGUGGGGAGCAAGUUACUCAGAAGGUACAUGCUGCAGCCAUGGACAAGAAGAGGAAAACAAAGAAGGGGCCUCUUCCUGUAAAUUCUGCUCAAUCAAAAGCUAUAGGAGAUCAAUUAGCUAAAGGGAAAAAGCAGAGGAAAUGUGGCAGAAUUAUGAAAGAGGUUGAAGACAAGAAGUCUAAUGAGGAUAAAAAAGUUCCAGAGAAAGCUGCUGAAGAAGCUCCCCCCACAGGCUACAUUCACGUAAGAGCAAGGAGGGGCCAAGCCACGGACAGCCACAGCCUAGCUGAAAGGGUGAGGAGAGAGAAAAUCAGUGAAAGGAUGAAAAUAUUGCAAGCACUUGUUCCAGGUUGUGACAAGGUAACCGGAAAGGCCCUCAUGUUGGAUGAAAUAAUCAAUUACGUCCAAUCCCUACAAAAUCAAGUUGAGUUUCUAUCCAUGAAGCUUGCUUCUCUAAAUCCGAUGUUUUAUGAUUUUGGCAUGGACUUGGAUCCAUAUAUUGCAAGACCAGAACCGACGCUGAGUAACAUGGCAUCACCGGUUCAAAAUAUGCAACAAUGUGAUCCAAUGCAGGCACCAAUCAUUUCUGCCACAAACAAUAGCUUGAGAACUGAUACUGCCAAUAACUAUCCUCAGUUGGAUUCUUCAGCUUCAGCAUUAUUAAUUCAACAAAGCCACCACAUCCCUCAAAUUCUCUCUCAGGAAAAUGGACAGCUCUUGUGGGAUGUGGAUGACCGAAGACAGAAACUUAUUAAUCAGACGGGGUUCAACAACAACUUGUGUUCGUUUCAUUAAUUAUAAGACCAAAGGGCAAGAGUUGCCCUACACAUAUCUGGUUUGUCAAGAUUUGUGAAGGGCAAAAAGGUAGUGCCAGACAAAUGUUACUGUAGUUUCUUAUUCCUUAGUAUCAAUUCUAAUGGAGAAGGGUUUCAGCUUGCAUAUUACUUUGAUCACCUCAAAGCUCGGAUUCUGAAUUCAUUGGAGGAAUGGGGUCUUCUAUCUCUCUGAUCACAUGAAUAAAAAGAAAAGCAAAGUAAAAGGGCAUGAAGAGGAUAGAAAUCAAUGGACACACAAGGACAAACACAACCGACCAAACAAGACUAGAUCUUUUUCAGAUCCUUUGUUCCUGUCUAAUUUGACUCCCAACUGUCAGAAGCACAAAUUCCUAGCUAGAGACUUGGCUUUACAUAUGUACUUAAUAUGAGGUAAAUCCAAGAAAAUAUAAUGUAAACAGUUGUAAAAGAAUCUGUUAAGGUAUCAUAAUAUUGAGUUGCAUGUAACUUGCUGGUAGUAGUCUAGUAGUCCUGCGUUUCUUCUUCUUAGUAUUGUCACUGUAAUUCUGUUAUAGAAGAUAGUUUUUACCGUUGUAGUUUUCUUGUCCCUUUGUUA